AAAAUAAAAUAAAAAUUCUUCAUUAAAGUUUUCAACUUCUUUCAAUACUAUAAGAAGUUUCAAUAUUUAACUAAAAGAAAAAAGUUUGGUGUUUUUUAAUGCUAUGGUGAAGAAAAACAAAAGAAAUUGCCUUUUGGACUUUGGGUUUUUGUUGAAAAACUGAAUCAUAAAGCCUUAAACUUUGGCUUUCACAUCAAAAAAAAAAAAAAGGUAUUUUUUUGCUUUCAAAGCUUCUCAAUUUAUAGUAUAAAGAACUUUGAGAUUUUGUGCUUUGAGUUGCUAUGCAAAUGCAGGCUUUAUGUUCUUGUGAAGAAGCGAUUGAUAUCGGAACGAUGAUGGAAAACAAACGGAACCCUUUUUCUGUUGAUCAUACUGGGUUUACGUCUUUGGCAUCGAAACGGCAGAAGGCCACAAAGGAGAAAAAAGAUCAGGUCAGUGAACGGAUUGCGGCUCUGCAGCAACUUGUUUCGCCAUACGGAAAGACGGAUACAGCUUCCGUCCUACUCGAGGCAAUGGGAUACAUACGAUUUCUUCACGAACAAGUUAAGGUGUUGAGUGCUCCAUAUCUCCAAACCAUACCAGCAAAUAGUUUACAGGAUGAUGAUCAGUAUAGCUUGAGAAACCGAGGUUUAUGCCUUGCACCGGUCUCGUGUACCGUAGGACUUGCUCGCAGCAAUGGAGCCGAUAUUUGGGCUCCGGUAAAGACCACAUCUCCAAAAUUUGACGAGGUUAUCUCACAAUUCAAUUGAAGCUUUCAUUUUCACAGCCAAACUUUGUGACAUAGAUAGGACGAUGAUGGUAGGUGGAACCAGUAGUCUAUGAUAUUUGAGAAUUGUGUAUUCGGAAAUGGUAUUGCACCGCCGUGACGGAGUUAUGAACUUUUAUAAAAGUUAGGAAUUUUUGGGUGAUUGGUUCAGAUAUCCUUGAUUGCCUUAUAGCUCCGUCGAACACAUCUGUAUUAUUGGAAACUUGUUGGUUUCACAUGUAUAUUGAUGAAACAUAAUUAGUAGUUCAAUUUUAUGCACUUUUAUUGUUUCACUAA